AUGAAUCUCAAAGUGCUUAACAAAUGGACAGAUAAAUCAUUCGACGGUCUUUUGGAGUGUUUGAGAGAGAUAUUGCCCGAGGGUAAUCAUUGCCCAGGGAAUUAUUACCAGACGAGGAAGCUUCUUUGUGAGGUGGGCUUAGGCUAUGAGCAAAUUGGUGUUUGUCAAUACGAUUGUGCAUUGUUUUAUGGUGAGAAUGCAAAUGCAGUGUCAUGUCCUGUAUGCAAGUCUAGUCGUUAUGUACGAAAUCAAAUCCCACAUAAACGACUUAGAUGGUUCCCAAUCAAGGCACGACUUAAGAGAAUGUUUAGUUCGAAGCACACUUCUAAAGAUAUGCGAUGGCAUAAAGACGUACGAAAAAAUGAAGCUGGGAUUUUACGUCAUCCUGCUGAUGGGGAUGCUUGGAAGCAUUUCGACAAUGUGUAUCCUGACUUUGCAGCUGAUUCUAGGAGUGUACGAAUGGGGUUGGCGUCAGAUGGGUUUAACCCUUUCUCUAAUAUGACAUCAACCUAUAGUUUGUGGCCAGUGAUAUUAAUUCCGUACAAUAUGCCACCUUGGGCUUCUCCUAAUGGAACAAACUAUCUCAUGUCUUUGUUAAUUCCAGGCCCUAAAUCUCCUGGAAAAGAUUAUGAUGUGUUCUUGAUGCCAUUAAUUGAAGAGCUUAAAGAGUUAUGGGAUGGAGUCAAUGCAUAUGAUUUGUAUGGUCAAUGCACGUUUAAACUUCGAGCUGCAGUCUUGUGGACAAUUAGUGAUUUUCCUGCUUAUGCAUACUUGUCUGGGUGGAGCACUGCUGGUAAAUUAGCAUGUCCUGUUUGUCUUGAAGAUACAAGAUAUAGAAGAAUAACUGACAAACCAUGUUUCAUGGGACAUCGAUGUUAUUUGAAAAGAAACCAUUCUUGGAGAAAAAGUAAAGAAGAUGAUGGAUCUACUGAAUUACGUGGCCCUCCUAGAACUUUUACUGGGGACGACAUUUUAGAGCAAUUGGAUGAAAUUCCUAUUCAUACCCCUGGUAAAGCACCAAGUAAUUCUUCUAGAAAACGUAAGCGUGGAGAGAAAGAGCUGAAUUGGUGUACAAGAAUUGUUUUGUUUGAAUUGCCAUACUGGUCAAAGCUCUUGCUGCAUCACAAUCUUGAUGUGAUGCAUAUAGAGAAAAAUGUAUGUGAUAACAUUAUUGGAGCACUUUUAGACAUUGAAGGUAAAUCGAAAGACACUUUAAAAGGUUGUAAGGAUUUACAAAAUCUUAAUAUUUGUGAAGAGCUUUGGCUGAAGAAGGACCUAUCUAAUAACAACUUGAAAAACCUUAUGCUAGUUACACUUUGACGAGAGAAGAAUGCAAAGAUUUUUGUAAAUUCAUUCAAAGUGUUAGAUUACCGGAUGGAUAUGCUUCGAAUAUUAGUCGAUGUGUAACAGAUAAUGACAAACUAGGAGGAAUGAAAACUCAUGAUUGUCAUGUUUUACUUCAUAAGAUAUUACCAGCUGCAUUACUUCCUUUUCUGACAGACAACAUUCGUGGUACUUUGAUUGAACUCUGGCAAUUCUUUCAAAAAAUUUGUGCAAAAACAUUAUGAAUUUCUGACAUAGAAGAAUUGAGAGAUGGAACUGUAAUAAUUUUGUGCAAGUUGGAAAAGAUAUUUCCCCCAUCAUUUUUUACCAUAAUGGUUCAUCUUUGUGUUCACCUACCCGAUCAAGUGUUAUUAGGUGGUCCAGUUGCUUCGAGAUGGAUGUUUGGGACAGAAUGCCAUAUGGGUUUGUACAAGAAAUAUGUGAGAAACAUGUCUCGGCCUGAUGGUUCAAUAGCAGAAGCUUUUGUUUUAGAUGAAGCUGUAACUUUCUUGUCAAGAUAUGUUUCUAACAUAGAGACAAGAUUCACAAGACCCGAGCGUAAUUGGGAUAUACCUUCUCCAAAUCAUAAGUUAGAUGUUUUCAACUCCAAUGUUCGUCCAUUAGGGGCAUCUACUAUCAAAUUGCUUCAAAAUUGGAGACAAGUCGUUCAAUGGUAUAUAUUGAACAAUUCUGUAGAUGAUAUCCAACAUUUUAUCGAGUAAGUAACAAUUUAUUUUAUUCUUCUAAAUUAUCUCAACAAAAUAUCAUUUACUUAUUCCUAGAAAUGAAUUUGAAUGUAGUGAUCAUAUAAAGUUGUUGGAAGAAAAAGGUCUUUCAGAUUCAGAAGUUGCCUUAGAGCACAAAGAACAAUUUCCUUCUAGGUUUAAGAAUAAAGUAAGAGAUUAUCAUUAAUGGUUUCUUACUAAAUUCUUAAGUUGUGACAUCAUUCAUCAUAAUUCAAAUUCUUUCAUACUACAGGUGUCUCAAAUGCGAGUUCAAAAAUCACCUCUUGCCAAUGAUGAUUUGUACUCUUUAUCUCAAGGUCCACUUGAACGGUACAACACCUACCAAAGUUGUAUUGUAAAUGGUGUUCGAUUUCGAUGUAAAGAGCGUGACGAUACUCUUAAGACACAAUGUUCUGGAAUUUGCACUAAAGGUGAUCAUGACAAUAUUAAUAUCCUAUACUAUGGUGUCUUGAUUGAGAUUUUGCAGUUGUCAUUCGUUUUAGAUCGGAAGGUGUUCUUAUGUCGUUGCAAGUGGUAUAACUCUAAUCCAAAAGGUAGAUAAAUUGUUGUGGAUCAUAAUUUGACUUCCAUCAAUACAUCUACUGAUUGGUAUUCUAAUGAACCAUUUAUCUUGGCAACUCAAGCACAACAAGUUUUCUAUUUGCUUGAUAUGAAGCGUGGUUCAAAUUGGCGGAUUGUUCAAAAAGUAAAUCAUCGAUCUAUUUAUGACAUUCCUGAAAUUAUGGAAGAGACAGUAAAUAAUGAUGUGUUUCAAGAAGAAGAAUCAUUUCAAUUGCCACCUUUUCAACCAACUGAGGAUUUCAUUUAAAGUUCGUCUUUAGUUCGAUUAGAUGUUCCUUCUGUAACUCUUUCAGACCAACUUGUUGUUGAUUUAUUUUUAAACCAAAAUCAAAAUGUUGAUAAGGAUAGUGACUUAGAUGAAGAUUUUGAUGAAGGAAAUAUAUUCUCUAAUAAUGAAACAUUUCUCUCAAGUGAUGACACCAAAAGUUAUACAGAAUCAGAAUGUGAUGAUGAUGCAGAUUCUUAAUUCAUAGUUAGUCAUCUUGUCAUUGAUCAGUUAGUGCCUCGUGAAAUUUGUCUACAAAUGUUCUUCCCCAACUAGCCAACUAGCCAAGCACCCUGUACACAAACAGAAAUACAAGUACAGAAACUAAGAAUUUUAGUCAUGGCACCUGGUCGUCGCACUACUCGAUCUACUGCUCAAAGUCAACAAGUUGAACCAGUCAUUGAUCCUCCUGCUCCACCUUCACAAGUUGUUCGCACUACUCGGUCAAGUAUAGAGAAUCAACAAGUUGAACCAGUCAUUGAUCCUCCUGCUCCACCUACACAAGUUAUUCGCACUACUCGGUCGAGUUUAGAGAAUUAACAAGUUUUUCGCACCACUCGAUCUACGGUACUCAGUCAACGACCUAGAACCAUCGCACAAUCUAAUGUAGAGAGAGAACACCCUCAAGGCUCCACACACCCUACUGUACAGGGUGAACAAGUCAAUGUGACGACCCAUUUUGAUACCGAAGAUGAUAAUCAAUCUUCCCAAGUUCCAUCAGGACAAACAUCUUCCUUUAAGCCACGUGGAGUUACUCGCGGCUUGACAACUACAACUAUAGCUAAGGCAUCAUCAACUGGAAAGUUGUCAGUGACUUUUCAUGCGGAGUGUCGUCAACCAAUUUGUACUAAUGCUGAGAAAUUUAAUAAUGAGAUUGGAUUCAUUAUUCGGAAUCAUGGUACAUUUCAUUGUAAAGAGUGGAGAAUGGUCCCAGAAGAUGUGAGAGCUCCAUUGCGACACUAUC